AUGUCGGCUGACAGCACUCUCUAUACCAAUGCGUUGGCUACAAGCGAUCAACUGAAUUCUACUAAGGCUGUCGGUCAUGGAACUGGCAAGGAUAGCGCCUUUCAUAACCGAUUUUUGACGGCCAACUUCAUCCAGACUGCUGGGAUCUAUCUGCGGUUAAGUCAAACUGUGAUAUCACGAGCUAUUGUUUUGGCACAACGAUUUUAUACAACUACUGGAUUACGCGAUUUUCCCAUUCAUGAUGUUGCUGCAGCAGUAUUACUAAUAUCUUCAAAGUUGGUUUCGGGGCAUCCAAUAAAACCCGAGCAACUCUGUUACGUGGUCCAGUUUCUGUCAUUGAAUGGUAAUCUAGUGUUCGAACAUGAUGUUCAAACUUUUAGUGUACCACAAACCUUUGAUGUCAUUGAUACCUGGAAACAAAUAUCACCCACAGAAAUGGAAGUACUGGCCGGACUAGCUUUUGAUACGAAUGUGGUUCUACCUUACAGUUUGGCUCUCUCUUAUAUUCAAGUUCUAUCACUUCAUGAGAGAGCCGGAUCGGAUAUUAUCAAACUGACAUGGUCAACAAUUAAUGACGGUAUAAGAGACUCUCCUUUUCUGACGAUAGUGCAUCAGCCCAAUACCAUUGCUGUUACCAGCAUCAUCCUAGCUGCAACUAAGUUGAAUGUAGUAGUGUCGGAUCAGGUAAAUUGGUGGGAUAUGUUUGAUGUCAACUCAGAGGACGUAGGCCACUCAAUGGCUUUAAUACUAGAAGGAAAGGAGUACGCCAGUUAUAUAAGAAAUCAGAAUUCCCAUACGAUCGACACGAAUACAAAACAAAAUAAAAUAAUAAAAUAA